GCUAAGGCCAAAUAUUAUAUUUCGCGGUAAAAUUAUUUCAACUUCUAACGGUCCAUUAACAAACUGUAAAAAUGGCGACACCCACGUUCUUGCGUCGUCACCCACAACAUCAUCAUCACAAUCACAGCUCUCUAGCUCUACUAGCAGCUAUCUACAGUUCAAGACACCACCGAGCUCCAUUAUUCCAGUCCAUGACAUCCCUGAUCCAAACCCACUGUCUUAGCCUCUAUCAACUUCAGCGAUGCAAUCUUUCUUCUUUCUCCUCCUCCUCCUCCUCUUUUCCUGCAUUGGCGCAUCUGGGUUUGGAUCCAUGGGCCCUAUCUCCGCCGCAUUUGGAGAUAACGGCUUCUUCUGCGCCAUCGACGCCAGUGGCAAGCAGGAUGUUACCUGUUGGACAAAAAACACCACUUUACCAUCACCCUCCUUUUCCUCGCUGGCUACAUCCUCUGGUUAUCUUAGCAGCAUUCCCGCCAUGUCGUCCCUCUCUGGCGGCGAAGGAUUUCUAUGCGGCAUUUUAGCAAACAGCUCACAAGCUUUGUGUUGGAGCUCAAUUUACUUGGGUCGAGAUCUUGUUCCUUCUAUUUAUAGUAACACUGCGUAUUCGCAUAUCGCUGCAGGGAAGGAUCAUGUUUGUGCUAUUAGAGGAUCUUACUUUUCUGAUCAUGAAUCGGGUACAAUCGAUUGUUGGGAUAUCGUGAAGGGUGCAAAUAAUAGUUUAACUUCUACACAAAGCAGCCAAUUUUAUGAUCAGUCCAUUAGUAAUCUUGUUUUUAGUAAGGUUGUGUCUGGUGAAGGGUACAGUUGUGGCAGGGUCAGAGAAGGAGGAGCAGUUUGUUGGGGACCAAACUCAGCGAGCUUGGGCGUUUCAAGUGUAUUAGACAAUUACAGAGUUUUAGCUUCAGGGAUGCGUUCUCUAUGUGGAAUUUUGGAAGAGUCUAAUGAGGUCAAGUGCUGGGGCAUUAGUAAUGAUUCAUUUUCGAGCCUUCCAGUUGGGACGCAGUUUGUGUCCUUAACUGCUGGUGCUAACCAUUUUUGUGGAAUUAGAGAAGAUAAUCAUGCUGUUGAGUGUUGGGGAAGCUUUAAUUUGUCAUCUGUUCCGAAGGGUGGUGCUGGGUUUACUGCAAUUGCAUCGUCUGAUUUCACUACAUGUGGAAUCAGGGAAGAUGAUUUGGUUAUUGAUUGCUGGUUUGCCAGUGGGACUUCACCACCAGAGUAUAAUCCUCCUCUGGAGUUGUUCAGUCCAGGGCUAUGUGGUCCUGGCUCUUGUGGUGAAGGGGAGUUUGUUUUCAAUGCAAGCUUUCUAAAUGAGCCGGACUUGACAAGCUUGUGUUUUAGGAAGGAUUUAAAUAUUUGUUCCCCAUGUGGAUCGAAUUGCUCUCAAGGUUUUUUCUUGUCUAGUCCCUGUACUGAGAAUGCCGACAGAGUAUGCACAGCUUGCUCUCUUUGCCAGAACAGUUCUUGUUGGGGUGUUUGUGGGAUGCAAUCAUCUGCACAGAAACAAUGGCACCACUUGCGUAGAUUAGUAAUUAUAAUCGGGCCUUCUGCAUUGGGUUUCUUAUUGAUAUUAAUCAGUUGCUGUGUUUUUUCACGUUCGAUGGUCACUCGAAAAGAAGAAGGAUCAAAGAAACAGUUUAAAUCUUGCAUAGGAAAACCUAAGUUGGAAAAUGACAAUGCUUCUGAUUCACACCAGCUUACAUCCACGACUUCUUGUCCUGGUAUGGCUCAAGUAUUCCGACUUUCGGAGCUAAAAGAUGCCACCAACAGGUUCAAAGAAUUCAAUAAGCUUGGAAGGGGAAGAUAUGGUUUGGUUUAUAAAGCAGUCUUAACUGAUGGGAGGCAAGUUGCAGUCAAGAGGGCAAAUGCUGCCACAAUAAUCCACACUAACAGUAGGGAUUUUGAAAUGGAGUUGGAAGUUCUAUGCAACGUUCGACAUUGCAAUAUUGUGAACUUGUUGGGUUACUGCUCAGAGAUGGGAGAGAGGCUGCUUGUUUAUGAGUAUAUGCCUCAUGGCACACUUCAUGAUCACCUCCACGGUGAACUUUCUCCUUUGAAUUGGAGCUUUAGGUUGAAGAUUGCAAUGCAGGCUGCAAAGGGGCUUGAGUACCUUCACAAGGAAGCUAAGCCUCCAAUUGUCCAUAGGAAUGUCAAGACUUCAAAUAUUCUUUUGGAUUCUGAGUGGGGAGCAAGAAUUGCAGAUUUUGGGCUUCUUACUGCAAAUGAGAAGGAUAUUGGUGGAGACAUGAAAACUGAUGUUUACAAUUUUGGAAUUAUACUUCUAGAGAUUCUUAGUGGAAGAAAAGCAUAUGAUAAAGAUAGCACUCCUCCAAGUAUAGUUGAUUGGGCAAUACCAUUAAUUAAACAGGGUAAGGCAGCUGCCAUAAUUGAUCGAUAUGUGGCUCUUCCAAGAAAUUUUGAGCCAUUACUUAAACUUGCUGAUAUAGCAGAACUGGCUGUCAGGGAAAAUCCUAAUAGCCGUCCUACUAUGUUGGAUUUGGCAACUUGGUUGGAGCAAAUUGUGACGGAUGGAUUGACCUUGUAAUCUUCAAAUGGGAUCCUUAGAAAUUGAGCAAAUUCAAAUUGGAAAAAGGAGGUAUAUGUGACAGCACUUUAAGUGAGCAAUGCUAUUUUCCAACUGUAUAUCUAUUUUGUUUGGCUUGCUUGUAUCCUUUAAGCCCCAGAAACAUGAAGGGAUUCAAGUUUGACACCAUUCUACAUUUGUUCUUUUUCAAGAAAUUUAAUACAAUAAAUUUGUCCGGAUGAAAAUUCUAGGACAAGCUGAUAGACAA